GCGGGACCCCCGAGCCCCGGGACCCCCCGGCCCCGCCGUCCCCGGAGCUCCCGCUGCUUCCCCCCCGUCUCGCUCCCCGCUCCCUCGGCGGCCGCGCACGGGGCGGGCGUAGCGGCCGGGAGGCGGCUCCAAGCCGGCGGCGCGAUCGCCAUGGCCCUGCCCCGCACGCUGGGGGAGCUGCAGCUGUACCGGGUGCUGCAACGCGCCAACCUGCUGGGCUACUACGAGACCUUCAUCCAGCAAGGGGGGGACGACGUGCAGCAGCUCUGCGAGGCGGGCGAGGAGGAGUUCCUGGAGAUCAUGGCGCUGGUGGGCAUGGCCACCAAACCCCUGCACGUCCGCCGCCUCCAGAAGGCCCUGCGUGAGUGGGCCUCCAACCCGGGGCUCUUCAGCCAGCCCGUCUCGGCCGUGCCCGUCAGCAGCAUCCCCCUCUUCAAGCUCUCUGAGGCGGGCGGGCGCAAGGCGCUCAGCAAUGGCCAUGCCAGCCCCGGCGAGGCUGUGGGCAAGGGGGGCAGCAGCACUGGGACACCCCCAGCCCGGAGCCCCACAGAGCCGGGGGAGAAGCUGUCACCAUCAGCGGUGCCGCCGUGGCCAGGGAGGAGCACCCCUGAGUCGGAGGGCGGUGGGGAUGAGGAGCCAGGGGGUCCCCCCUUCUCCCCGGGCGGGAGCGGCGGUGAGCAGCCGAUGGGUACCGAGGUGCUGGAGCCGGAGCUGGCGCGGACAGUGGCAGAGAGCGUGGAGCGGCUGCUGCAGAACUACCCCCGUGGCGGCGAGGCUGAGCUGCGGGCGCUCAUGAAGCUCAACAAGAAGCUGGCCAAGGCUGUGGGACACAUCUUCCAGCUGGAGGAUGGCGACCGGCACAAGGAGGAGGAGAUCCGCCGGCACAGCGCGAUCUAUGGCCGCGGCGAGGCCCGGCGCCGCGAGGGCAAGCAGCUCACCCUGCACGAGCUCAUCAUCAACGAGGCGGCCGCCCAGUUCUGCCUGCGGGACAACUCGCUGCUGCUGCGGCGCGUCGAGCUCUUCUCCCUCUCACGGCAGGUUGCGCGGGAGAGCACCUACAUGUCCUCGCUCAAGGUUUCCAGGGCACAUCCCGAGGACAGCGGAGCCACCGCGGCCAAGCGGCUGAAGCAGGAGGCGGGAGAGCAGAGCCGCCCCGAGCUGCUGCCGCUGCCGGUGGGGCCGGAGGCGCCCGGGGCCAUGUACCGAGCCGGGCUGGAGGAGGACGCCGCCAGCCUCUCCGGGGAGAGCCUCGACGGCCACUUGCAGGUGGCGGGGGCCUGUCCCCGGCUGACGCCGCCGCCCGGUGCAGCCCCCGACGUGCCCCUCGGGCUCCCCCCGCACGGGCUCUGGAGUCGCCACAUCCUGCAGCAGACGCUGAUGGACGAGGGGCUGCGCUUGGCCCGCCUGGUCUCACACGAUCGUGUGGGGCGGCUCAGCCCCUGCCUGCCCGGGAAGCCCUCGGCACCCGAGUUCGAGGACGGGCUGGCAGAACGGGGUCCUCCGGCCCCCCCCGACCCCCCCCGCGGCACCAUCAAGGUGGAGCAGGAGACCAGCCGGCAGUGAGGCCCCUGCAGCCCCCCCCCCCCAUCAUUAACGAAGCAAUAACGUGCUGGGGGACGGGUGCCGGCGGUGCUCCGGGUGCGGGGGCCUGGCCACAGCCCCCCCCCCCUUCCCCAGGGCCCCAUCCCCUCCCGCACCGACGCUCUGGUUACCUCAGCCGCGGCGGGAUGCGCCCCCCCCUCCCCGCCCCGCAGCAGCAAUACCCUCGUCCCGCCAGGCUCUGAGCCCCCCCCCCCGGGGCUGGGGGGAGCCCUCGAUGGACUCGAAGCUGCUGUACAGCCCCCUUCGGCUCACCCCUUGUGCUGACCGUCCCGUCCCUUCCCCCGGGUCCCUUCGGGCAGGCAACCCGUGCCCCCCCCCCCAUCACCGCGCACGAGCCACGUGCAGCACCGUGUGCUCCCGCAUCAGCGCCGCCACCCCCCCCCCCCCCGGCAGCACCCCCGCAGCACCCGCCACCCACCUCCCUGCAGCACGCACCACACACGCGUUGUGACCCCCCCUUCCCGCUCCCCCCCCGCACACCCGUUGUGACCCCCCCCCCCGCAGCACUGCAUCACCCACGUGCAGCGUUUCAGCUCUAAAUCCCCCCCCCCCCGCAGCUUAACCGCACCCCCCACGGCACCCCCCCCCCCAUUACCUGCGUGUGCUGGUCCCUGUGUUGCGGGGUCACGAGUGUUGUGGGUGUCACACAUGUUGCGGGGGUCACACGUGUUGCAGGUGUCACGCGUUGCGGGGGUCACGCGUGUUGUGGGUGUCACACAUGUUGCAGGGGUCACGCGUGUUGUGGGUGUCACGCAUGCUGCGAGGGUCACUCGUGUUUUGGGGGUCACGCGUGCUGCGGGGGUCACGCGUGUGCACCCCCUCCCCGCACGAUGCGGGUGGCGUUUGACGGGCACUGGGGUGGUGCUGCCCCCCCCCCCCCAGCCCCUCGGGCUCUCUCCUGCCCCUUGCCCAUGUUUCCAUAAGCUGUGCCCAGCCCCAGGGUCCCCGUGUCCCUGUUUGUGUGUCCCCCCCCCCUUAGGACUGUGUGGUGUCUUUUUAGAGCAUUAGCAGCAACUCUUCCUUUGUAACGUGUACAGUAGAUUAUUUAUUUUGUUAUUUUGGAAUAAAACUUUAUUUUAUGGCUUA